CUCUUCUCUUCUUCUUCUCUAUACUCCCUGCAAUGUACAUAUAACAGCCAUGUCCUCCAGCCAUAUAUCCCUCCGCUCUCUCCCCCGCCUCCCCCCGCACGCACGACGUUUCCAUGACUACAUCAGAGGUCCAAUGGACAGAGGGACAUACAAAGUCCCGCUCUCCUCUCCCAAAGUAGUAGGAGCAUUCUCUUCCAGAGGUCAUCGAGAGUAUCAAGAAGACGCAUCGUCCAUACAAGCUCUCCAGCUCAGCCCUCAAGAACUGCAAUCGUCGUUGGCGAGACUCAAGAAACCUGUCCACUGGGACCCGUCCACUGCUGGUUCAGAGUUCUUCGCUCGGCAGAUUGCUUAUUUCGGCAUCUUUGAUGGACAUGGAGGCAAACAAGUAUCCCAAUACCUUUCCAAACGACUGCACGCCCUGGUCGAACAAGUAGACUCGACAUCGAUCAGCCCGAUAGUGGAAUGGACGAAAGAAAAGCACGGCGGGUAUUUCAAGCGAUGGCGAGGCGGGGCUCUGCAGCGGUGGACACAGUGGGCGGAUGGGAAGGGGGAGGAGGAAGGGGGGAGGGAAGGUAUAGGAAAGGGCGAGGGGAUUGAGGCGGAGAGUGGGCAGGAAACGAUGUUGAUGACUUUGGAGGAGAGGUUGACUCUGGCAUUUCUCGAGGCAGACAAGGAGAUCUUGACAAGUAUCGAAAAAUCAGAUCGAUGCGGUUCAACAGCGUCCAUCGCCCUUUUACAUUCACUCGACAGUCCUUCACAACCAUACUGGGCCGCCAAGAAGCUCGCACUUACAAUCGCUCAUUGCGGCGACACACGUGUCCUCCUGUGUAACCGCUCCACAGGCCUCGUCACUCCUCUCACCGAGAAACAUCACGCCGAAUCACGUAUCGAAGCUUCCCGCCUCCGACGUAUGGGCGCCGGUCUGUUAGUCUCGGAUUCGUACGGCGAAUCGAGGUGGAUGGGCGCUGUGGAGAAUACGAGGGGGUUUGGGGAUGGGAGAUGGAAGCCGUCCGGGGUUACUGUCGAGCCGCAGGUUGAGACGAGGGUUGUUGAUGGCGAUGCCCACGCAUACAUGAUCCUCGCCACAGACGGUAUCACCUCCCUCAUCUCCGACCAAGAAAUCAUCGACCUCGCCCGCCGUUCCCUCGAUCCCUCCCGCGCAGCCAAGACGAUCGUCCAUUUCGCAGAAGAUUUGGGCGCUUCCGAUAAUUGUACGUGUGUGGUAGUGCCCCUUGCUGGGUGGGGGGAUGUAGGAGGGGAGGAUAGGACGGAGGAUAGGAGAGAAUAUAGGAGGCGGCAUGCGGAGACGAUGAAUACGAGGAUGCAGAGGAUGUAGAGGGGGUUAAGAGGGGGAAGAAGAAAAGGAAGAAAGGUACAAAAGAGAUUAGGCAUUUAGAAUUCAUAAAAUCCAUUUUACUUUUACAUACAACGUCGCAUAUAUCCAUCCAUCAUUC